AUGAACGGAAAGACAGCAGUGAAGCUCGCCAGCGACGGCCGUGACCGCCCUGCCGCCGAUCAUAGCUACGUGGAGACUGAUCCCACCGGCCGUUAUGGACGAUUCAAUGAAGUACUUGGUAAAGGAGCAAUGAAAAAGGUAUACAAGGCAAUUGAUGAAUUCCUUGGAUUGGAAGUAGCAUGGAACCAGGUCAAACUCAAUGACGUGCUUCGCAGGCCAGAUGAUUUGCAGAGGCUCUACUCGGAAGUUCAUCUUCUCAGUACCCUAAACCAUCCUUCCAUCAUUCGCUUCUAUACCUCAUGGAUUGAUACUCGUCAUCGGACUUUCAACUUCAUCACUGAGAUGUUUACCUCUGGGACUCUGAGAGAGUACAGGAGGAAAUACCGGCAAGUGAGCAUGCGAGCUAUAAAGAGAUGGGCUCGGCAAAUCUUACAAGGCCUAGUGUACCUACAUGGCCAUGAUCCUCCAGUAAUUCAUAGAGACCUGAAAUGUGACAACAUUUUUGUAAAUGGUCAUCUUGGACAAGUCAAGAUUGGUGAUUUGGGCCUUGCAGCUGUUCUUCGGGACAGCCAAUCAGCUCACAGUGUAAUAGGCACACCGGAGUUCAUGGCUCCAGAAUUAUAUGAAGAAGAUUACAACGAGCUAGUUGAUGUCUACUCAUUUGGGAUGUGUGUUUUGGAGAUGAUGACAACUGAAUACCCUUAUAGUGAAUGUGUUAAUCCAGCACAGAUAUACAAGAAAGUGACCUCAGGAAAACUACCAGCAUCUUACUAUAGGCUCGACGACUUUGAAGCACAGAGAUUCAUUGGGAAAUGUUUAGUUGCUGCUUCAAAUAGAGUAUCAGCAAAAGAUCUAUUGUUAGAUCCUUUUCUGGCACCAGAGCCUGUUAUUAAAGGAAUUGAAAGUCCAAAACCUUUCUUGAACAAUGGAGAAAUGGAUAAGUUGCAGUUGGAUGAGGAUGAUGAUGACCCACCUAGGACAGAUAUGAAAAUCACAGGGAAAUUGAAUACUGAAGAUGAUACCAUCUUUCUUAAAGUGCAGAUUGUCAACAUAGAUGGUUCUGCUCGGAAUGUGUUCUUUCCAUUUGAUAUACUACAUGAUACUCCGAUGGAUGUUGCAACAGAGAUGGUCAAAGAGCUUGACAUUGUUGAUUGGGAACCAUCUGAAAUUGCUGGAAUGAUUGAUCAAGAGAUUUCAGCUCUGGUGCCAAACUGGGAACUCACUGAUUAUGAAGGAAAUCAUACUUUUGAGCACUGUGACUAUGAUGAUCAUAGUCAUGCUUAUAAAUCUUCCUCUUCAUUUUCAUCUUCCCAGGCAUCAUCAUUCAUGGGCGUAACUCUUGGGCCACAAGAUAACUUGUACUAUGAUGAUGCCAGCUCGCAAAGCUCUUCACAGUCAGGAUCAUCACAUUCCAUCUUUAAUUACUCUUGUGUCGAUGAUGAUCACACAAGCACAAGGAGAGAUAAACAUCACAUCAUGUCAAGAACUCACAACUCAACAAGACUUUUUCCAACAGGAAACUCGAAAUCCGAGGGGCAAGCACUUGUUAGAACUGCCUACAAAAAUUGCAUGGCAUUGCUCGAGUCGCAACACCAACACCAAGGAGGGCAUAGCUCUAGAGACAGAAGGGCCCGCUUGAUGAGGAACCAGUCUCUAGUCGAUGUUCACAGCCAGUUGCUGCACCAGUCAUUAGUGGAAGAGGUUAACAAGAGGCGACUGUUCAAUACAGUUGGAGCAGUUGAAAAUAUCGGUUUCCAGGCACCUCCUCCUGAUGUUUCCGAAAAGCAGUCAAGGAGAAGAAACUGA